AUGUACCACGCGCUGCCGCCGGCCGUGGCGCCGCAGGCCGCGGGCGUCAACUGGGCGGGCUUCUACGUGCGCGACCCCGCGGCCCCGGCGACGCGGCUGGUCCUGGGCCCCUUCAUGGGCAAGGUCGCCUGCCAGACCAUCACGCUGGGCAAGGGCGUGUGCGGGACCGCCGCCGCCGCCGCCCCAGCUGGUGACGAUGGCGCCCCCGGCAAGAGUCUCGUGGUGCCCGACGUCGAGGCGUUCCCCGGCCACAUCGCCUGCGACGGCGACACAAAGAGCGAGAUCGUCGUCCCCAUCCGGGCCGGCGGGAAGGUGAGUCUCACCCCCUACCUAAUUCGUGUCUUCGUUGGUAUCUGGCAAAGGGAACUGCCCGUUGAUUACCCCCGUCUAGGUCGUUGGUGUCAUCGACAUCGAUUGCACCCAACUCAACGGCUUCGAUGAACAAGACCGAGAAGGCCUCGAGAAGGUAGCUGCGCUGCUGGGGUCGUCUUGCGACUGGUGAACCCGUGGGUUAGCUCAGGAUCGGUCUCAAAAAGAGGGAACGGCAGACAUAGGCCAAAGAAUACACUGAGCAAAUUGCAUAUGCUCGUUCUGAAUGUCCUCACAAUCUUUCCGCUCACA